GCAUAUUUGCAUUGGUGAAAUGAAAUCGAGAAAAAAAGAGAAAAAAACGUUUGGAAUUUCAUAGGUUCCAGUCACAACCUUAGUCCACACGCUUGGAAACACCCUAUAACCAUGCACCGCUGCCACACAUAAUCAUACCCAUCUAUGUUCCAGUUCCAACUCCAACUCCAAGAAACAGAAAGUCUUUCAACUUUGAUUCACUCACUCAUGUCAUGUUUCUCUCUUCUUCUUUCUUUCUUUCUUAGUUUUCCUUUAUAUAUGCCAACUCAGUUUGUACAAAUUCAUCCAUUUUAUCUUAAUUUUUUUCUAGAAAAGACCCAAAAACUGAACAGACAUUGAAUCAUGGCUUGGGAAGUUCUUAUCCUGCUUUCAUCUAAAUUAUUUACUAUUUUCUCUUGGCCUUCAUUUUCUUUGGUUUAUCCCUUGUAUGCUUCAGUUCGAGCAAUAGAGAGUGAGUCAGAAUUCAAAAACCAGCAGUGCCUUACUUACUGGGUCCUGUUUGCUUUGGUUAAAAUGUCAGAAUCAGUGCUUGAAAAGCUUUUGAAAUGGCUUCCUUUCUGGCCUUAUGCCAAGGGUAUUAUUACUGUUUUCCUAGUUGUACAAUGUUUUGCUGGUGCUUGUUACAUUUACAAUCACCUCAUUAGAUCAACUUUUUUGGGGAAUUCUCUGAUAUGGAAGUUUGAAGAAAAAAGAGAGGAACCUUAUGUUUCAAGUGAACCAGAGCACUUUGUUCCCGUGGUCGAAGAAGAUAUCACGAAUGGUGGACUCCACAACCCCGACAAGUUUAUUGCUGAGCAGAAAAAGCUUGUGUCUGAUUAUGCUUUGCCUGUUAUUCCAAUCAUUCAGAAGGAAUGGUGCUGUGCCCUUUGUCUGAUAAGAACUUCAAACGAAAAUAAUUUAAUCCAACACCUCAAGGGGCGGAAGCAUAAGGCCAAAGAAGACGACCUAGCGCUCUACAAACAGAUCAAAAGGAAUGGCAGGUCUUCAAUAAUGAUCAAGAAAACUUGUGUUAUUGAGAAUCUUAACCAUUUUGCGGUCAAGUUGCUAAAUCCAGUUGCAAGACCAAUAUUUUGUAAAUGGAAAAAACCGAAUUCUGGUUGGACAAAACUAAAUACUGAUGGAUCCUUAGACAGGACAACUGCUGGUAUUGGCGGUUUGCUUCGUGAUCACAAUGGGCAACCACUUUGUGCUUUUGUCUCUAAAGCUCCAGGAAAUGAUGUUUUCUCAGUUGAAUUAUGGGCUAUAUGGAGAGGUCUUGUUCUUGCCGCGGGACUUGGAAUUAAAGUUAUUUGGGUUGAGUCUGAUUCAAUGAGUGCAGUGAAUACCAUUAAUAGACAUCAAUCCUGUAGUAGUCAGAAGGUUAUCCCCUGUUUGAACCAAAUAUGGGAGCUUCUAAAGAAAUUUAACAAGUAUAAGAUAUCUCACUCAUGGCGCGAAACUAAUACUGCAGCUGAUUAUCUUGCAAAGAUGAAUCUUAUGGGACAUGACGUCGUUUUUCGGCCAGUUGACUUCCCAGAAAAGCUUCACAACAUAAUCAAUAAUGAUGCUCAAGGAAGGAUAUAUGUUAGAAAUAACUGGUAAUCUCCUGGAUAUAGAAAAAGGAAGAGGAGAGGAGUAAGCAGAGAGUACUAGCAGGCAUUGAAUUUGAAACCCUUCUGACUUUCAUUCUUCUUUUUUGGAUAUGGAAAUGGCCAUGUCCAUUUGGUGUAUGAUGAGCUAACUGAAAUGAGCACAAUUACCUCAACACACUGAAAUCACCAACAUUCUUAUUUUGGUAUGUAACUAAUUAAACUGCACUUUUGCUUAGGUUUUUAAAUAACCAGCUGAGCUGAGCUAUUAGACUUAAUAAAUUGUACCUUAGCUAUAUACUUUGCUAGAGUAGUGAGGCCAAAUGAUUAUGAGCAAUUGAACAUCAA